UUCUCACAGGUUCACGAUGGUGAUGCUGGGGAUUUUGGUUGCUGUUGCUGUAUUUCUGGAGACGGUCUCUGGGGCCUCUCUCGGGGUGGUGUACACAGAGGGAGGCAUGGUGGAGGGCGAGAACAUUCGUCUUGGGUUCCGCCGUCACAUGGACGUCUUCAAGGGGGUUCCCUUUGCUGGCAUCCCUGGACGGUUUGAGAAACCAAAGCGUCACCCUGGCUGGGAUGGUAUCCUGAAGGCCACUGAGUACAGGAAGAGAUGCCUUCAGGUGAACCUUAUCAUGACUGAAACCAGAGGUAGUGAGGACUGCCUUUACCUUAACAUCUGGGUUCCUCAUUCUGGCUCAGUGUCCACAAAUCUGCCAGUCAUGGUCUGGAUCUAUGGAGGAGGCUUCCUGGUUGGAGGCUCAAUGGGUGCUAACUUCUUGGACAACUAUCUGUACGGCGGGCAGGAGAUUGCAGAGAGAGGAAAUGUUAUCGUGGUGACACUCGGGUAUCGUGUGGGAACUCUGGGCUUCCUGAGCACUGGAGAGCCUGAUUUGCCUGGAAAUUAUGGUCUGUGGGACCAGCAAGCCGCCAUCGCCUGGGUGCACAGAAACAUCCGCUCAUUUGGAGGAGACCCUGACAACAUCACCAUCUUUGGAGAGUCUGCAGGUGGAGCUAGUGUCAGCUUCCAGACACUCACUCCCCACAACAAAGGGCUGUUCAAGAGAGCCAUCUCCCAGAGUGGUGUGGCCAUUUGUCCGUGGGCUGUCAACAGGAACCCCCGCAGGUUCGCUGAGGAGGUUGCCCUGAAGGUCAGCUGCCCCACUGAUCAGAAUAUGGCCAGCUGUUUGAAGAUGACUGAUCCCGUGCUCCUAACGAUGGCCGGCACUCUCAGUCUGUCCAGCUCACCUGAUCACCCCCUUGUAGAAAACCUGCUCCUGUCUGCUGUGAUCGAUGGCGACUUCCUGCCUGAUGAUCCUAACAAACUGUUCCACAAUGCUGCUGAGAUCGACUACAUCGCUGGAGUCAAUGACAUGGAUGGACACGUCUUCACUGGUUUAGAUGUUCCUACCAUCAAUUCCCCCCUGGUGGACACCCCUAUUGAGGAUGUGAAGAGGCUGCUGGCUUCAUACACCAAGGAGAAAGGCAAGGCUGGUUUGGACCAAGCCUACUCCACAUACACCUCAACCUGGGGAUCAAAUCCCAGCAAGGAGAUCGUCAAGAAAACCGUUGUGGAGAUUGGAACAGACUACAUCUUCCUGGUUCCUACACAGGCUGCCCUCUACCUUCAUGCUGCCAACGCCACAACUGGACGUACCUACUCCUAUGUCUUCUCUGAGCCCAAUCGUAUGGGUGGCAUCGGUAGGCCCUACCCCAGCUGGGUGGGAGCCGACCACGCUGAUGACCUGCAGUAUGUGUUCGGAAAGCCUUUCACCACACCACUGGGAUACUGGCCUCGCCACCGUGACGUCUCCCGCUACAUGAUCGCCUACUGGACCAACUUCGCCAGAACUGGAGAUCCCAACAAAGGAGAGAUGAAUGUGCCCGCUACCUGGCCCACAUUCACCAGCAAUGGACACCAGUUCCUGGAGAUCAAUUCCAAGAUGGACAAGAACUAUGUGAAACAGAAGAUGAGACUGCGUUAUGUGCAUUUCUGGACCAGCAUCCUGCCCAACCUUCCCACAAUUAUCUCAGAAUAAAGAGCUUUUGCAAUCUCCUGUGCAUCUGCAGAUGGACCUGCAGAUCUAAAGUAUCACAUCAUUAUUGGUUCCUGAAAAAUAAAUUGACACUGAAUACAAA